GUUCUCCCCUGCUCUUCCGUGGGUGCUGUUGUUGUCCCACAGUCCGUGGUUUUUUUUCUCUUGCUGCCCCGGUGUUAGGGUGGCUCUGUUUUUAUUCUGCCCGUCUCUUCGUUUGCUCUGAUGUGAGCAAUUUCCCCGCGAAUUUCACUUAUUUCGGUGACUAGCGCGGUGAGGGGGCAGGCUCAGAGCACUGAGCCACCCCCCGGCUGCUGGGGGAGGGAUGGAGGGGAUGCUCCAGCCCCGGCAUCCGGUACCUGACAAAGGUCUCGGGGUGACUGCGAUCUGUCCACAUCCUCCGAGAAGGGGAAAGAGCUGACACCGCUCUGUGCCAUGAGGAGGAGACAGAUCCUGGGUACCUGGGCUCUCCUUGCCUGCCUGGCCAUGGCCAGCUGGAACGUCCGAGGACAGAAAGUAGUUGUGAAAGAAGCCAGUGGGAAGGUGUUCCUGCAGUGUGUGUUAAGCAGCCCAGACCAAGUCAGAUGGCGGAAGGAUGGGACUGUGAUAGGAAACAUGACACAGCUGGACUUGGGUUCAGCUUAUGAUGAUCCCAGAGGCAGCUACACAUGUGAAACAGGAAAUGGAGAGAUGAGCAGCCCUCUCCAGGUGCACUAUCGAAUGUGCCAGAACUGCAUUGAAGUGGAUGCUCCCACCAUCUCGGGGAUUGUGAUUGCAGAUGUUGUUGCCACCAUUUUCCUGGCAGUUGCUGUGUAUUGCAUCACUGACCAGGACAAGGGACGCCUGUCAAGAGCUUCUGACAGGCAGAACCUCAUCGCCAAUGAGCAGCUCUACCAGCCUCUGGGUGAGCGGGGUGAUGGACAGUACAGCCUGCUGGCACCUGCCAAAGCCUACAAGUGAAGUGGGAAGAUGCUGAGGCCCUUGACUCCUUCCCACAGGUUACAGAAAAGCCACAGCCAUCACCCUGCCCCACUGCUGCCUUCAUCAGUUCCCUGCUGGCAGAAGGCAGCGUGGGGUUCUGCCUGGAUAGCCCACCAGCUCUUUGCCAAGGUGGACUGCUUGUAGCACUCUGCUCUUGUCCUGACCUCCUGCUCUCCUCUAUCCCUCUCAUUAAAGAUGAGUCC